AUGCCAUCCAAGAAAGUCCUCAUCAUCCUCAGCGACGCCCACUCCUUCCCGCUGAAAAAGACCAGCGGCCCCGAUGCCGGCAAAGUAGUCGACCAACCCUCCGGCUUCUUCCUCCAAGAACUCGCAAAGCCCCUACAGAAGAUCCUCGACGCAGGCCACGAGGUCACAUUCGCCUCCCCACAAGGCCAGAAACCAACCCCCGACCCGAACAGCGAAUCACUCCUCGCCUACGCCGGCAAUUUCUACGAGCGCCGGCGCGAGAACGACCUGAUCGAGCGCAUGAAGCGUGAAAACGGCUUCGCCAGUCCGCGCCCCUUCAAGUCCAUCAGCGACGAAGAAUUGACCUCUUUCGCGGCUGUCUUCAUUCCGGGGGGCCAUGCGCCUCUCCGUGAUCUUGGGGCGGACGCAGAACUAGGCCGGAUCCUGCGCUAUUUCCAUGCAGAGAACAAGCCCACUGCUGUUAUUUGCCACGGGCCUUAUGCGUUGCUGAGUACGAAGAUGGCCGGGGAUGGGACGUUUGCGUAUAAGGGGUAUGAGAUUACCUCGUGGAGUGAUGUCGAGGAGAAGAUGAUGGAGACAAUGUGGGGUGGGGAGGUUGAGAAGGUCGAGUCAGCUCUGAGGAAUGAAGGAGCGAUUAUGGUGGAGGGCGUUAAGGAGAAGUUUGGGGGCACUACCUUGCAUCGGGAGCUCGUUUCUGCGGGGAACCCUUUGGCGGCGGAUGCUCUUGGUGAUCGGUUUGUGAAGAUGAUUAGUGUGUAA